AUGUCCGUCAUAAAGUCCGCAAGCAGCCCAAGGCCGCCCGGCAAGCUCGAGCUGGCGGACGACGCGACGCUCAAGGCGCACGUCACGGCGGCCUUCGAUGAGGUCGACGCCCACAAGAGCGGCAAAGUGAGCCGCGCCGAGCUACGCCCGGCGUUUCUGCGCUUGGCGCGGCUGGCGGGGCUGCCGGAGCUGGGCGGUAGUUCGGAGUUGGACCGCGCGGUGGACGAAGCGUUCGAGACGGGCGAAGGCGACGAGACGGGCGAGCUGGGCAAGGACCACUUUGUCGCCUUGUCGCUGGGGUUGCUCAAUGUCGUCAAGAUCGUCGCGGCGUACGCAGGUCAGACUGCUGCUGCUCAUGCGUCGCAUAUGCUGCUUCCGAUGCGCGGCAUCGUCUCAACGCCACUCCGUUCCUUGUGUGCGCCGCCGCCGCGCGUCUCCAUCCUCCACUCCUCCGCGUCCAAGCGUGGCUCGGCUGCAGCGCCGCUGCUGUUGCAGGUGUUCACCUGCGGGGCGAUGCGCCACUCGCCACCUAGCGCGGAGCAGCGAGCGGAGGCGGCGCUGGCGGAGGCGGCGUUCAAGCAGAUGGACAAGGGCGGCCGCGGCAAGCUGUCCAAGCGGGACUUGCUGCCCGUGCUCGCCACGCUCGGCAUCCAAGGCUCGCCUCCCCAAGGCGACGCUGGCGGCGCUGCUGGAGAAGUACGUGGGGGGAGCGGAGGAGAUGGGAGCUUCGUGCAGCUCGUGACGGGCAUGGCGAAUUUACUCGACUCGGGGGAGCAGCCUGCUUUCGCUCGGGAGGCGUCGAUCGCGCUCAGCGCGUGCAGCCUUAGAAAGAUCCUCGCGAGCAACGAGCCUCUCCAGAAGAUGGUAAGCGAGACCUUUGCUGACUUGGACGUCAGCAAAGCCGGCCAGCUGUCACGCGCUGACCUCAUGAGCGGGCUGCGGCAGUGGCUCACGGUGUGGCUGACGCCGCAGCAGGUGGACUCGCUACUCUCCCACCACUUCCCCGCAGCCGACGUUGACAGCAGCGACUCCGUGGACCGCGGCAAGUUCUCGACGCUGUUCCCCGCGCUGUUGGCGUCCCUCAUAGAGCAGCUGGAGCAGACCCCCUUGGUGCUCAAGGCGUCCGUCCUCAAAGAUCUGCCAGUGGGCGGCAAUGUUAGAGGGUCCUAG